AUGAAGUUUAUGCUGUUCACCUUGAAAGCAAAACUUGUGGCUGCAGAGCCUGGCAACUCAGUGGUAUCCUUGUGUGCAUGCCUUGCUGCUAUAUUAUACCUGAAUGGGAAAUGCAGAGGACUAUGUAGCCGUAUGGUUUUAAAACAAAUGUUUGGAAGUUGCUAUAGGUAUCCAGUCAAACCAAUAAAUGGAGCUAACAUGUGGCCUGAUGUUCUAUUUGAUCCCAUAUUACCACCUCGGCGUAGGAGAAUGCCAGGAAGGCCCAAAGUAAACAGAAUGAAAUGUCCUAUAGAAAAUGAAGGAAAGCAUAAAAUUAACAAGACAGGGAUGUCCAUCUCAAGAUGUAGUAAUUGUCAUCAAGAAGGACACAACAAGAGGCGAUGUCCAUUGCUCAAAGAAGCAAAUAAAGCAACUGUUAGUGAAGGGGAUGUUGAAGAAGGGAUUAGUCAAGAUGGGGUUAGUGAAGUUGGAAUUGGUGAAGAAGAGGCUGUUGAAGAAGGCGAUAUUGAAGACCACCAGGAGGAUGAAAUUGAACAACAAGAGGAUGAGAUUGACCAUCAAGAAAAUCAUCACCAUCAGCAUCAACCUGUUUUUUCAGCAUUUUGUUGCGAACAAAAGGCGAUUACCUUCUGA